AUGUAUAUUAAACAGAUCAUCAUCCAGGGCUUCAAGAGCUACAAGGAGCAAACCGUCAUUGAGCCCUUCUCGCCCAAAACUAACGUCAUCGUUGGCCGCAAUGGCUCCGGAAAAAGUAACUUCUUCGCGGCGAUGCGAUUUGUCCUCAGCGAUGCCUACACCCAAAUGAGUCGUGAGGAGCGGCAAGGCCUCCUCCACGAAGGUUCCGGCUCGGCCGUCAUGUCUGCAUAUGUCGAGAUCAUUUUCGACAACAGCGACGAUCGCUUUCCCACAGGCAACAAGGAAGUUGUCUUGCGCCGCACCAUUGGUCUGAAGAAGGAUGAGUACUCCGUGGAUCGCAAGGUUGUAACCAAGACAGAUGUCAUGAACCUCCUUGAGGCCGCCGGAUUUUCGCGCUCAAACCCUUACUACAUUGUGCCACAAGGUCGCGUUACAGCAUUGACAAAUAUGAAAGAGUCCGACAGACUUAACCUACUGAAGGAAGUUGCUGGCACACACGUGUACGAAGCACGGCGUGCCGAAUCGCUCAAGAUCAUGAACGAAACCAACAACAAGCGGGAGAAAAUUGACGAGCUGUUGGAGUACAUCAAAGAGCGCCUGAGCGAACUUGAGGAAGAAAAGGAAGAGCUGCGAGGCUUCCAAGACAAGGACAGAGAGCGGCGAUGUCUCGAGUAUGCAUAUCAUCACCGAGAACAGGUGACUAUUCAGUCUGCCCUGGAGGAUAUCGAUAACGCUAGACAAGAUGGCCUUGAUACCAGCGACUCGAGCCGCUCAGAAUUCCUCAAAGGAGAAAAAGCCAUAUCAAAGCUCGAUACCGAGAUUCACACCCUGCAGCGGGAGCUGGAAUUGCUUCAGAUUGAUCGCCGCCAACACGAAGAAGAUAGGCGAGACGGUGCCAAGGCUCUAGCCAAGGUGGAACUCAAAGUAAAGAAUCUCAAGGACGGCCAGUCUGCUCUAGAGCAAGCUCGGUCGCAGCACGAUGCCGAAUUACAAUCCGUACAAGCGGAGAAGUCACAGAAGGAAAAGCAGCUGACCAAGAUCCUUCCCGACUAUCAAAAGAAGAAGCAGCAGGAGGAUGACGUGAGAAGGCAACUGGACACAGCGGAAGCGUCGCGGGCUCGCCUUUUCGCCAAGCAGUCGCGCGGCUCACGCUUUAAGAAUAAGUCAGAGCGUGACACUUGGCUAAAGUCUGAAGUUCAAGAGCUGAAUAUGACAAUGAGCGCGCAAAAGGCCAAUAAGCUCGAAGCCGAGGAAGAGGUUGCCAGGGUCCAAAAAUCCAUUGAUCAGACGGAGAAGGAGGUUGCUGAAUUGCGAUCCCGACUCGCCAACUGGAGCGGUGACCGGGUCCAAUUGGCAGAUGACGCAACGCAGGCGAGAGUUCACCUAGACAAACUAAACGACGAGAGGAAACUCAUCCGCCGCGAAGAGGACAAACUCAACUCCGUCAUUGCAAACGCCAGGCAAGAAAAAGAGCAGGCCGAAAGGGAAAUGUCCCACACAGUUGAUGGCGCGACAGCCCGGGGUUUGGCCACUAUCCGUCGUCUUAAGCUGGAGCAAGAUAUCCCUGGUGCAUACGGAACACUUGCUGACCUGCUUGAGGUGAGUGAAGCAUACCGACUGCCAGUUGAACAGACUGCCGGCUCCAGUUUGUUCCAUUAUGUCGUCGACAAUGCCGAUACCGCCACGUACCUGGCGGAUAUACUAUUCAAACAACAUGGAGGCCGAGUAACGUUUAUGCCCUUGGCUCAGUUGCGACCCAGACAAAUAACGUUUCCCCGCUCGAAUGAUGCUGUUCCCCUGAUAAGCAAGAUUCAAUACGACCCCAAAUUUGAAAAAGCGUUCCAGCAGGUCUUUGGCAAGACAGUUGUCUGUAUCAACUUGGCAGUCGCUUCUCAGUAUGCCCGAAGCCAUGGAGUAGAUGGUAUCACUGCUGAAGGUGAUACCACUAAUAAACGAGGUGCAAUGACUGGUGGAUAUAUUGAUCCUCGCAAGUCACGACUGGAAGCUGUACAUUCUGCGAAUAAAUGGCGACAAGAGUUUGACAAUCUUGUCUCCCAAUCGCGGGACUUGCGAAAGCAGAUUGAGCACAAAGAUCAAGAAAUCACCGGGGCCAUGUCUGAGCUGCAAAAGCUCGAGCAGCGACUGCGCCAAGCGGAUGACGGUUUUGAGCCGCUAAAGCACGAGUUGCGGAACAAAUCUGCUCAUGUUGAGAACGAGAGAUCUCACCUCGAUGCCGCCCUUGUUCGCCGAGAUUUGGUUGACAAGAAUCUGAGUGGAUUCCUGGAGGAAAUUGCCGCCCACGAGGCUGAAAUAGGCACCGAAUUCAAGAAGAAUAUUACACCUGCAGAAGAGCGAGAAUUGGAGCAAUUAAGUAACCUCUCACAACAAUUGCAGAUGCAAUGGAACGACUUGAGCAAGCAGAGACGAGAAUUGGAGCGCACAAAGCAGUUCCUCGAGGUUGAUUUGCGUCAGAAUCUUCAACUGAAGCUCGAUCAGCUGAGCAGUCAGGCAUUCGAGAACUCGGCUUCGGGCGGGUCAUCCGGUGGGAUGAAAGAGGCCCAACGAGAGCUGAAGAAAGCUCAAAAGUCUCUCCACACGUUUGAAGUUAAUCUCCAGGAGACCGAGGGGAAAAUGGAACAGCUUGCUGGCCGGGUUGAUCAGCUGAGUGGGGAGAAGGCAGAAAGAGAGCAGCGACAAAACGACAUCUCCGCAAGAAUAGAGAAGCAACAAAAGAGAAUGGAGAAAACGAUGCAAAGAAAGGGUCUGCUUCAGGCUCAGGCUGCUGAAUGUGCCAAGAAUAUCAGAGAGUUGGGCGUGCUCCCCGAGGAAGCUUUCGACAAGUACGAAAAUAUGGAAGCGAAUACUAUUACCAACAAACUGAAACGAGUCAACGAAGCUCUAAAGAAAUACAAACAUGUAAACAAGAAGGCUUUUGAGCAAUACAACAACUUUACGACUCAACAAGACCAGCUCAUGAAGCGAAGAAAGGAAUUAGAUGCUUCGCAAGAUUCCAUCGAGGAGCUUGUUGAGCAUCUGGAUCGACGCAAAGACGAAGCCAUUGAGCGUACCUUCAAGCAGGUAUCUAAAGAAUUUGCAACCAUAUUCGGGAAGUUGGUUCCCGCUGGGCAUGGGCGCCUGGUCAUUCAGAGGAGAACAGAUCGUCGACAAGAUCCUGACGAAUCUGACGAGGAAGCUCGCGGUAGCGUAGAAAACUACACUGGCGUCGGCAUCAGUGUAUCGUUCAACUCGAAGCACCUGGAUGAGCAGCAGAGAAUCCAACAGCUCAGCGGUGGACAAAAGAGUUUGUGCGCCCUCUGCCUCAUUUUUGCCCUCCAGCAGACUGAGAGCAGUCCCAUGGUCAUCUUUGACGAAGUAGACGCCAAUUUGGAUGCUCAAUACCGUACUGCCGUUGCUGCUUUGCUCGAAUCUAUCUCAAACGAAGCCGGCACCCAGUUCAUCUGUACUACCUUCCGACCUGAAAUCGUCCACGUAGCAGACAAGUGCUAUGGUGUGACGUUCCGCAACAAGACAAGUUCCAUCAACUGCUACAGCGAGGAAGAGGCCCUGGACUUUGUUGAAGGCCAAGCCAAGCCUACUGGAGCAGCGUAA